ACCUUACGCUUUCGAGACACUUCAUCCCACACAAAUUUUCAACUCUUCUUUUGCCUCCUGCUCUCUCUCGUCAUCAACUCUUCUUCCUCCUUCAAUGGCUCAGAAGGUGGUGUUGAAGGUCAUGACUAUGACUGAUGAUAAGACGAAGCAGAAAGCAAUAGAAGCAGCUGCAGAUAUCUAUGGGGUUGAUUCGAUCGCUGCGGAUAUUAAGGAUCAGAAGCUGACUGUGAUAGGCCAAAUGGACACAGUGGCAGUAGUGAAGAAGCUGAAGAAGGUGGGAAAGAUUGAUAUCCUAUCCGUUGGACCUGCCAAGGAAGAGAAGAAAGAAGAGAAGAAAGAGGAGAAGAAAGAAGAGAAGAAGGAAGAGAAGAAAGAGGAGAAGAAGGAAGAGAAGAAGUAAAAGGACAAUAAUUACAUAUUGUCUGUCGUCUUCUUCAAAUUCUCCCCCCUUUUCAAUUUUCAAGUUUUCUGAUAAUUUCCGUAUGCACAGAAGCCAUGGCUAUCUAUAUGGUAAAAGCAUUGCCGUAGCUUUUUCUUUCUUUCUUUCUUUUUUUUUUCUUUUUUGCUGUGGGUUUAUCUUCAAAAUCUAGGGUCACAGUUUUCUUCUUGUUCGGCAGAAUCAGCAGUGCAAAAACUCAGAUAGUCGACAAUUUUGUGUGGGUUUCAUUUUGCAUUUAAUGUAGUUAUUAGUGGCGUAUGAAAUAAGGAAUAAUUUAUUAUGCAAUUGGCUCUUUUGGCACUGAUAA